CCGUUUCUUCUUCUUCCUCUCCAAGCGGGAAACAGCACUCUGAGAAAACAAAGAGAACAGCUAUGGCGCCAGUUAUGCAAAGCUCUCAGCCAUGGGUCGAGAAAUAUCGACCGAAGAAAGUGAAGGAUGUAGCUCACCAGGAUGAGGUCGUUCGAGUCCUCACCAACACUCUCGAGACCUCUAACUGCCCGCAUAUGUUGUUUUAUGGUCCUCCUGGAACUGGAAAGACGACCACUGCUCUUGCCAUUGCCCAUCAGCUUUUCGGACCUGAGCUGUAUAAGUCGAGGGUAUUGGAGCUAAAUGCUAGUGAUGACCGUGGUAUCAAUGUAGUUCGCACAAAAAUUAAGAACUUUGCUGCUGUUGCUGUAGGUUCUAAUCGUCAAAGUGGUUAUCCUUGCCCACCUUUUAAGAUCAUAAUCCUUGAUGAAGCAGAUUCAAUGACUCAAGAUGCUCAAAAUGCCUUGCGACGAACUAUGGAGACAUAUUCAAAAGUUACAAGAUUCUUCUUCAUUUGUAAUUACAUCAGCAGGAUCAUAGAGCCACUUGCUUCCAGAUGUGCGAAGUUUAGAUUCAAGCCACUUCCUGAAGAAAUAAUGGGCAGCCGAAUAUUGCAUAUUUGUAAAGAGGAAGGUCUUAAUCUAGAUUCAGAGGCUCUUUCUACCCUCAGUUCCAUUUCUCAAGGUGAUUUGCGAAGGGCUAUUACAUACUUACAAAGUGCUGCUCGGUUAUUUGGAUCUUCCAUAUCAGCAAAGGAACUGAUUAGUGUGUCUGGGGUCAUCCCAAAUGAAGUUGUUCAGGCUAUAUUCUCAGCUUGCAGAAGUGGCAAUUUUGACUUGGCAAACAAAGAAGUGAACAAUGUCAUUGCAGAAGGAUAUCCUGUUUCUCAGAUGCUGUCUCAGUUGUAUGAUAUAGUAGUUGAUGCAGACGACAUUUCUGAUGAACAGAAAGCAAGAAUAUGCAAGAAAUUUGCUGAAGCAGACAAGUGUCUUGUUGACGGAGCGGAUGAGUAUUUGCAACUUUUGAAUGUUGCAAGCAGCACAAUGCAAGCGCUUAGCAACAUGCCACAGGACAUGGCAUUUUGAAUUUGUAUUCCUCUUAUCAAAACUUCUUGCUAAGUCAACAUUAAUCGACGGCUUAUUUGGUUUAUUGGAAAGUCUGCUUUCUAGUCUUU